AUGGCAGCUCCCGGGGGCCACCACGACAUGAUGGAAGCAAGCAGCGACGAAGAUCAAAGUCCCUCCAACCAAUCCCGAAAGCGACUCCUGUCUGGCCAGAUCAAGGGUCACGUCGUAGUCACGGAAGACGACGGAGGCAGCGAAGUAGAUGUCACUAGAGCUUCGGAUGCUGAUGAUAAUCUGUUAUCGCAGCCAGAUGACGAGGAGCCGCCGCCGUCCACUCAACAAGCCUUCGGGCUCACCUCUCCACUCGUCGGUGCAGGCAGCAUCUUCGCUGCCGAGUUUGCAUCGAACAGCUUCCAGGAUUUGCUUGUCAAGAUCUUCGAGAUAGCCAACAGGCUUGAUCACGGUGGCAUCCGCGGCUGGCCACUCAAAAGGUGGCUUCAAUGGAGUAGCCCAGUCAUCGCCUCGAUGACACCCCAUGUCCUCGAAGAGAUAAUUGUUGGCAACCUGGCAAAGGCGGUCAAGAAACCAGGAGACGUGAUGGAUACCAUGAGGCACUACAAGACCUACAUGCAAGGCCGGCCAGGCAUUUACAACAUUGUCUUUGUCUGA